AUGAGCGGCGUGUUGGAGCUCACCGUGGUGGGAGCGUCGGGUCUGAAGGACAAGGAGCUCUUCACGAAGCAGGACCCGUACGUCGUGGUGGAGUACGGUUCGCAACGGUUCCGCACCAAGACAGAUAAAGAUGGCGGCACUACCCCUGCAUUCAACUCCACGUUCCACCUGCAGUUGUUGCCCGGUGUAGAGGAGUUCUCUGCGGUGCUGUGGAAUGACAACCUGGGGCGCGACGAUGUGAUUGGCAGCUGCCGGGUGAAUUUCCGCCAGGCGUUCUCCAUGGGCGUGUGGGACAUGUGGCACCCCGUCUACACCAAGAGCCAGAAGCAACGUGGCAGCCUUCAUUUGAUUAUCAAAGCUCCUGGGGCUAGGGCACCUGGAGGAUACCCCCCAUCAUCAUACCCACCUGCACCGUACCCCACCGCACCAUACCCCCCAGCCCCAGCAUACCCUGCAGGGUCACCUUACCCGCCCCCAUCCGGCCCACCAAACCCCUACCCACCCGCUCCAGGCCACCCCGCCCCUCCCCCAUCCGCCUACCCUCCCCCAUCCUCCUCCGCCCCUCCCCCAUCCGCCUACCCUCCCCCAGCCGCCUCCCCCUACCCCCCUGCGUCCUCCUACCCUGCCCCUUACCCCCAGAGCGCACCCUCCCCCUACCCUGCUGCCCACACCGCCCCUCCUGCCUACUCCAAGCCUCCUAGCGUUUCGUCUUCGGUAAACACUGUCCUGGGAGCAGUGGGAGCGCUGGUGGGAACAGCAGCAGCAUAUGCUGGGCAUGGGCAUAGUCAUAGCCAUUACCCCCCUGCGCCCUAUGGGUAUCCUCCCCCUCCUACUGGUCCGUAUGGGUAUGGGGCUCCCCCAGUGGUGGUACACCACCAUGGGCAUCAUGGUUACGGGCACCACCAUUAUAAGCACAAGUAUAAGCGCAAGGGGUUUUUUGGCCGCCGCAAGGGGUUCUUCAAAUGA